CCUUGCAUCGUUGAAGAUUUACGAAUGGACGUGAGCCAAUUGCACGUGGAAAAACAAACAUGACAUUUUAAAAAGCGGACCAUCGCAUCGCACUCAUAAAAAGGUCAAAUAACUAUCUAGAACAGCACGAAGCACUCGACAAUCACCCGGGCUGUACCGAAAAGCAGCGAAAUUCGAUUCAAUUCAAAAUGUCAUUUUUGCUAAAAUAUUGGUUUAAUAUCGAAAACAUUUACCAAACAAUUGGCCCGAUCUGUCGUUGCAUGAAAUGGUUUGGCUCCCUGCCUUUUUCGUUGGUCCAGGAAAACCGGAAGCUCCCUUCGCCUGCAGCGGAUUCAGCGCCGGAAGUUUCCCGCUGUCCCCGGCUGUUGGCAAUGCGACCCCUGGAUGUGCUGCUGCUGCUCUUUUGGCAAUGCUACAUUUUGUUUAUGCUCUGGGAUGAUUGGACCCAGGACCUGCAUCAGAUACCGAUGUCGAAAAUUAUGAUUUAUUUUACCAUACUCACGUACGGAACGGCAUCACUGCAGGUGGUCUGCAUUCAGCUCUGGAUUGCCUAUUGCAGACCGAAGAUCGAAGACAUCCUUCGGAAGGUGCAAUUAGUCGAUGACAUGCUGCUGCAAAAAACCGGAAAAGAUCCAAACUACCGCAAGCAACAUCUUUGGCUGGUGGCAAUCAUUUUGGGAAGCCUAGUGAUCACGAUGUUUGUAAUAGUUGCUGAAAUUACAGCAGGAUUUCUUUUUUGGGACACAGUAGAUCGCAACUAUGUCCAAAUGGCUAAACUACGGAUGGCGAUCUUCUACUACGCGAUCCGGUUGGCUGAGUUUUCUUUUCUAGUGAUAUCCAUAAUAGCUCUUCUUGGCUUCCGUAGCAGAUUUCGAAUGCUCACUGACCUAUUUCGAUGUGGCACAAUUCAUACGACAGACAAAGAACACGAAAUAAGAUUUAUUUCAUCAACUUACGACGUACUGGUUGAGACUCUUCAGGCGUACAAUGAUGUUUUCAGCUAUCAGCUCGCGUUUGAGAUGAUGGGCUACAUAAUUUUUGCCAUCUUCACUCUGUUCAGCAUUGGCUCCUGGGUGGCAAACCAAAUUCCGGUAGUGAUGUUGCUGGCUCUGUUCUACGGAAUAUCAACCAUCCAUUACACCAUGUUCAUGGUGCCAAUUUUCAAGAUUGGUAACGACAUUCAAAACGAGGGCAAACGAAUGGCCGUGCUGGUUCACAGGGCCAUUAAUCAAUCGUCCCUGACGACUGGUUCCAUCGAUCGGCUUCGGACAUUUUCCCGACAGCUACAACACCAGCAGCCGGUCGUUUCCUGUGGCAUGUUUUCUUUCGAUUGGACACUUUGCUUUUCGGUUAUAUCAUCGGCAGCUACCUAUACAAUGAUAAUGGUUCAAUUUGAGCUGGCAGUGCCCAAAUUUUUCAUCGGUGGUUUGGUCGAGAAACUUCGAAACGAUACGAGCGGUUUAGAUUAGAACUUUUCAAUAAACAGCACUAAUCAGGAGAAA